UUUGUUUUGUCUCAUUUCAUAGAAUAGAGAGAGAAACAGUAGCAGAGAUCAGAGAGAGAGGAGAGAGGAGAAAUGAGUGUGGGUACGGCGUCGUAUUUAGCUCGGCGAGCAGCACAGAAGGAGAGGGUUAGGAUCCUCUACAGGCGAGCUCUAAAGGACACUCUCAAUUGGGCCGUUCAUCGCCACCUCUUCUACUCCGAUGCUGAUGCUCUCAGAGAGAAAUUUGAGGCCAACAAACAAGUGGCGGAUGUUGAUGUUAUCGACAGAAUGAUAGACGCUGGUGAAACAACCUACAAUAAAUGGCGGCACCCCGAUCCGUACAUUGUUCCAUGGGCUCCAGGUGGCACCAAAUUUUGCCGAAACCCGACGCCACCUCCUGGGAUUGAGAUAAUCUACAACUUUGGCCGGGAAGAUAAUGACUGAAGUACAACGAUUAUUCUUGAAAAUAAAUAAAUAAAAGGUUGUCGGUAUAGAGAGGUGGGGAGUGAUGAUAUCAACUGGUUCGUGUUGCUCGAGUUGGAUCAAAUUUUUGGACCUUUGAUUUCGGUAUUGUUGAUCAGCAUUUCUUUUCGAUUCUCGAACUAUCCUUAGUUUUCAUUUUUAGUUUUACCCUUAUUUAAAUCUGUAAUAUAAGUUUGUAAUAACAUCAAUAAAGACACAUGCAUAAAAAAGCCUACCAUUCAUGUUAGAUCUGCUAAGAUAUACUAUUAGUUUCUUUUUUUAU